AUGGUAGUACGCGGGCCGUACAUAAACCCAUCUUACCUCGCACGCUUCGAGAAGGCUAAUGCCAAGGCGUCCUUGUCCCUCAAUCAAUUUCCCAGCGCGGAGAGCUUCCAGAAGCCCGUCUCGGCCGUUGAAAACAUCGAAAAUGCAGAGCAUUUCAGAGAGAGAAUCACAAGCGGCGGUUUGACAGUUUGCUUCUUUACGGAUUCGAUGUUCAAUCCGUGCAGAUAUUACGAGAGCAUCUUCAAAUCCGUCGCGCUUGAAUUUCGCGGUCACGCGCGCUUCAUCAGAGUCGACACAGACGAUUACGCGCUGAGAAAAGUUGCGUUGAACGAAGAAGUCCGAACUUAUCCAACUGUUUCUUUUUACCAAAGCGGACUAGAACUUGUUUCAAUCAUCGGAACAAACGAGACAAGACUCCGACAUUUCGUUCAACAGUACAAACCCACGGUCAACGGAGGCGAAAUCGCCACGAAAAAGAUCCGAAGAAUAAAAACCGAAGACGAGUUUACCGAAAUGGUCCAAAUGGGUCGACUUUCCGUGGCAGUUUUUUUCUCAAAACAGUGUCUGUUCUGUUACAGGUCCAAAAAGAUUAACGGCGUCAUUAGCGCUUUAUGA